CAACAGUUUUUUGUGGCGUUGGAUGAGGCGUUUAAGGCACACCAUUUGCCAGAUCUGAGCGAGCUCACCAACGCGACUCCUCGCAAGUCGCCACUUCCGUGAUCAACGCGCCGCCUCUGCAUCUUCAUCGUCGACAGCUUGCUCCUUCCGCCGGAGCUCUAUUCGAAGUCUCCGGCUCCGGCGCCGAUCUCAAUCCUUAUGCGUACAUUUUCUUUUUCCGGUUGGAGUGUGCGGGAAUUGGGGUCCUAAUCUGGACCGGGCCGUACUUUGUCGGGAAAAUUUGAUUUUUUUAGAGUGAGAGAGAGGGGGGGACGAGAGUCAGUGGAGAUGGGAGAGAAGAUUGUGAAUUACGGAAUCGUAGGGGUUGGAUUGAUGGGAAGAGAGCACCUCCUGAAUCUGUACCAUCUCCGGAUCCAAAACGUCGCCGUCGUCUGCAUCGCCGAUCCCCACCUCCCCUCCCAACAACACGCUCUUGAUUUAGCCACUUCCUUUAACUGGCCUCUCAAGGUUUUCUCAGGGCAUCAGGAGCUGCUGGACAGUGGUAUGUGUGACGUGGUGGUGGUUUCAACUCCAAACAUGACUCAUUACGAAAUCCUAAUGGACAUCAUUAACCACCCAAAACCUCAUCAUGUACUAGUUGAGAAGCCUCUUUGCACUACAGUCAUGGACUGCAGGAAGGUAAUAGAGGCUGCUAGAAAGAGACCGGAGAUGCUGGUGCAAGUUGGGCUAGAGUACAGAUACAUGCCACCUGUUGCUAAACUGAUAGAAAUAGUUAAGGGUGGAGCACUAGGACAAAUCAAGAUGGUGGCCAUCCGGGAACACAGGUUUCCUUUUCUGGUUAAGGUCAACAAUUGGAAUCGGUUCAACUGUAACUCUGGAGGAACUCUGGUAGAGAAAUGCUGCCACUUCUUUGAUCUGAUGAGGUUGUUUGCCGGUGCAAAUCCUGUCCGUGUGAUGGCCUCCGGAGGUGUUGAUGUCAAUCACAAAGAUGAAAUUUAUGAUGGCAAAGUGCCUGACAUAAUUGACAAUGCAUAUGUAAUUGUCGAAUUUGAGAAUGGUUCUCGAGGCAUGCUCGAUCUUUGUAUGUUUGCUGAAGGGAGUAAAAAUGAGCAAGAAAUAUCAGUUGUUGGCGACAUAGGAAAGGGGGAGGCCUUUGUUCCAGAGAGCAUUGUGCAUUUAGGAAACCGGCUAGAGGGAAGAGAAGGUGUCAAAACUGUAAAAGCUGAGGAUGACCGAAUUAAAUACGAGGGGCUGCAUCAUGGUUCUAGCUAUUUGGAGCACCUCAACUUUUUGUCCGCAAUUAGAGCUCAAGGUGUACAAGCUCCUACCGUGGAUCUACAUGAUGGUUUGAUUUCGGUUGCUAUUGGAGUCGCAGCACAAGUCUCAAUAGAGCUGGGCCGAUUUGUUACAAUGGAGGAAGUGAUGAAUGAUAACUAAUUCGCGCGUCUUCUAACUCAUAUCUUCGUGGGUGGUUGUGCUUGCUUUUCCUCUUUUGUUGUACACCAAAGAAUAAAGGGAAUAAUGUGAAAUAGUUUUUCUUCUUCCGUGGGAGGUAUGACAACCUAUGUGAAUGACUGGGAGGUUUGACAACCUAUGUGCAUGUCUAAGUCUGUACAUUUAGUUUUCAGGAUGAAAUUGAUUGUGUUUGCAGCCUCAAAGCGGCAUGAACUCAUUUUUACUAAUUGUGGGCAUGAUAGUAUUAUAAUUCAUUUAUUCUAA